AUGGACUGCAUAGACGACACCAAGGAACCCCAAGAGAACCUGGCCAAGAAGGCUGUGAAAAAGGCCGCUACCGACGAUGUCAAGGAAAAGAAGGACAAGAAAGAUAGGAAGCGCAAGGCACAAGAAGAGGAGGAAGCAGAAGCGUCAGACGAGGCCGCUGCACCUGUGGAUGGCGAAGACGAGACAACCGCCCCCAAAUCUUUCCGCGACCUUGGGGUUAUCGAUGCUCUGGCCGAGUCGUGUGAAGCCAUGGGAUAUACCAAGCCCACGCCCAUCCAGUCAGAGUCCAUUCCGCUUGCUCUGCAAGGAAGAGAUAUCAUCGGUUUGGCCGAGACUGGUUCAGGAAAGACGGCUGCAUUCGCCUUGCCCAUUCUACAAGCUCUGAUCGAGACACCUUCGUCUCUCUUUGGUCUGGUCCUGGCCCCCACACGAGAACUUGCCUACCAGAUCAGUGAACAGUUCGAAGCCUUGGGCUCACUCAUCGGCGUCAAAUGUGCUGUUCUGGUCGGAGGUAUGGAUAUGGUAUCCCAGUCAAUCGCUCUCGGAAAGAAGCCUCAUAUCAUUGUCGCAACUCCUGGACGUCUACUGGACCAUCUUGAAAACACAAAAGGUUUCUCUCUGCGCACAUUGAAGUAUCUGGUAAUGGACGAAGCCGACAGACUGCUCGAUCUGGACUUCGGUCCCAUUCUUGACAAGAUUCUGAAGGUCAUUCCCAAGGAGAGACGCACCUACCUCUUUUCCGCUACUCUGUCCUCCAAAGUCGAGUCUCUGCAACGUGCUUCGCUUUCGAACCCCAUGAAAGUCAGCAUUUCUUCAUCCAGCUACCAAACUGUCAGCACUUUGAUCCAGUCAUACCUGUUCAUUCCCCACAAGUUCAAGGACAUUCACCUUGUAUACAUUCUCAACGAGUUCGCUGGCCAGAGUACCGUCUUGUUCACCCGCACUGUCAACGAGACACAACGUCUGGCAUUCCUACUACGAGCUCUCGGAUUCGGCGCUAUUCCUCUGCAUGGACAGCUCUCGCAGUCAGCACGUCUGGGUGCGCUGAACAAGUUCAGGGCUGGAAGCCGUAACAUCCUGGUAGCCACCGAUGUUGCUGCUCGUGGUCUGGAUAUUCCCUCGGUGGAUCUCGUGUUGAACUUCGAUCUUCCGCCGGACAGCAAGACCUACGUCCACAGAGUCGGACGUACAGCUCGUGCUGGCAAGUCAGGAAGAGCCGUUUCCUUCGUCACACAGUACGAUGUCGAGGUAUAUCAAAGAAUAGAGAAGGCUUUGGCUAAGAAGUUGCCACAACACGAUGCUCCCAGGGAUCAGGUUAUGGUCUUCGCCGAAAAGGUAUCUGAGGCCCAGCGCGUGGCUGUCAGGGAGAUGAAGGAUUUGCAUGAGAAGACAAAGGCCGGCGGUAGAGGCGGGCCGAGAGCAAAGGGCAAGAGAGAUGCCAUGGACAGAGACGAGGGUUGA